GGGGGAAAGCGCGAGGCAAGGGCUACGACUGCUGCCUGCCGGCCUGUUUGACGGUUGGGCACGCGCGCCUCGGCCAUGGAGGUGGUGUUGGCGGACACGCUGCUCUCGCAGUGCCGGGACUCAGCCGCACUGCUCGAGGCGGUGUGCGGGCGCGGCCCAGACGAGGCGCUCUCGGUGGAGCGAGCGGAGACGCUGCGCUUUCUUCUCCAGAGGGUGGCGGGAGGCGGGUGGCGCGGGGAGGACGAAGCGAGGCGGCUGGCCUGGGAGGCGGCGCUGGGUCGCUGCUUCCCGAUGCUGCUCGGAAGCGGCUCCGCGCCCACAGAGGAGCGUUUGCGCCUGGUGAGAGCUGCCUGCGGGGCGCUGCGCUGCUGCGCCUCGCUGUGCGGGCCUUCCCUGGCGGAGCGGCUGGCCCAGGAGGCGCUGGAGGCGCUAGCUGCCGGUCCGGCUGGGCAGCUGCAGACCGAGGCCGCCGUCGAGCUCCUGGCUGCAGUGGCGCCGUGGCUGGUGGAGCCGACGUUGCUGGAGCGAACUAUAGGAGGCGCCCUGACGUUCUUGCAGCAGGAGGAGGACGAGGACAAAACUCUACUGGUAGCGGGGAGGCUGCUGCCUGCUCUGGGGCGAAACAGCGCCGCCCUGGGUCGCGUGUGGCAAGGUCUGGUGUUCCCACCCGAGAGUGCCCCGCAGCCGGUGAGCCGGACCUUGCUGGUGUUGAGCGCCCUCUCCGAAGCCGUGUUUCCUGCGGCCGCGCCGCAGCUUGGGAGUGGCGCUGAUGGUGAGGGUCCCUGGCCGCUGGAUGCCCGGCUCUCGAGCGACUUCUGGAAAGUGGUGCAGAGAGGGCUGACGGAGAGCGAUGCCUUGUGCAGGAAGAGAGCCCGGUAUUUGCUGAAGCGAGCACUGGAUGUGUCGGAGAAGCUGCGUUCAGAGUGCAGGUGCUGCCCUGACCCUGGGAAUGAACCAUGUCUGUUCUGGUGGUCCACUGAGAAAAAUGGUCAACUUACUCAGUUUUGGGAAAACUAUAUUUUAAUUAUGGAGACUCUGGAAGGAAAUCAGGUACAUGUUAUAAAGCCAGUUUUACCAAAAUUAAAUAGCUUAUAUGAACUUGCGUUAUUGGAACAAAAAGAUAGUUGGGUCUUUCACCCAUCAUGGCACAUGUGCAUUUACAAAAGAAUGUUUGAGAGUGAAAACAAAACGUUGGCUAAGGAAGGAGUUAUUCAUUUUCUUGAAAUGUGGCAAACACAGUGCCUACCCCCAUCACCAGGAUUUUCAGAGUUUGUUAUUGGACCAUUAAUGGACGCUCUUUCGGAAAGUUCUUUUUAUUCCAGGUCAUCAGGCCAGAUGAUUGGGACGUGUCCUCCAUUAGGAACAAAGCUACAGAAGUUUUUGGCUGCCUUCUUCAAAAACCUCCCAGAAGAAGAAAAAAGUAGUUUUUUGUUAAAGUUUAUACUGAGAAUGAGCAAUAGGCACUGGUGUGCCAUUCCAAUUUUGUUUCUGUCCAUGGCUCUGGCACAUAUUCCAGAAUGUAGAGCACUGGAUACGGAAGGACUCCUAGCUCUGAGAAAUGUUCUGCAAUGUACUAUGGUCACACAUCAGAUUCUGCUGCGUGGAGCUGCUCAGUGCUACCUUCUUAAAGCAGCAAUGCUCUUGACCAAUGUAGAGAAAGUUUCACUUUCAGACAUUUCAAACUUCAUAGUAUCACUGAGACCAGAAGAGUCCUUAGGCAGAGGAACUGUUUUGUGGAAAAUGCUUUGUGACUGGCUGCAUGCAAAUGACAAGCACUUUCAAAGGCCUUUAAGCUAUGUUGUGCCUCAAGACAAAACAUUGUUAAAUGUUUAUGUACAGUUUCUUGUACAGGACUAUCUGAAAACACCUGUAGCCAAUGAAGAUUGCCUUAUGCCUGAUUGGUUUGAAGCUAGGCUUGUUGCUAUUAUGAUUCUUCUGGCUGCAGAUGUAGAAGAGAUGACAUAUGAAUACAAUGGCACUGGCAAUACAGAACAGAUUGAACUGAAGGUUCUCCUAAAUCCUCUACUGGAUGUCUUGCUGAAACUUGGCACUAAUCCUUACAUCCCUACACUGAAAACUGACAAAAGCCUCCAGCUAUUGUUGAAGUUACUGCAGACAUGUUCGGUCAAAUGUUCCAAUCAACAAAGUGACAGAGUAUUAACAUUUCUCCAGAAUGAAUUUAUGACUGCCUCAGGAAGUAUUUUGAAUUUUCUCCUUAGAAGACUUUCAGGAAAUGAAUUAAAUACAAUUUCAGGUCUGGAGCGCUGUAAUUUAUAUCUUGCAGUGUUGUCAGAGCUGUUGAGCUUCUGCUCAGUCAGUGGCUGGAUAAAGAAAGUGUCUUUCUGUGGUUUCAUUUCCUCUCUGAUCAGUGCCUCCCUCUGCAAUUUACAAGAGAUGAACAGUGAAAAGGAAGUAAAACUUGGAGAACAGAUUCAGAAGGUGGUGAGCAUGGCAUCACUAAGUGUGGUUUGCGAAAUAAUUCAUCAGAAGCCAGCUCUUCAGUUUCAAUCUCUGCCAGCAGUUGAAACUUUGAAAACAGUAAUUUCCUGUUUAGAGCUUAACCAUGUAUUAAAGAAACCCUUCAGUAUGGAAAAAAAAAGUUCCCUGGAGGAGCUAUCAUCUCAUCAAGGGUGGGGGAAAAUCAUAGCACGGUAUAUAUAUGAUCAAUGGGUUUGUCUUCAUUUUACUCUCAACUAUCAAAACUCUUCUAAAGAUGAAGAUCUGGAACAAUUUAUAUUUGAUGUUCAGAAGCAUACAAGGUGUCUACAAUCUGCACUGGAAGCACUAACAAUUCUUCCUUCUGAUCAUGUUUUACCCGUGUUUCAUUGCAUGAAAAUACUUGUUCCCAAGCUACUGGAAUCUUCUGAAUCUCUAUGCAUAGAGGCUUUUGAUCUGGCAUGGAAAAUUAUAUCUUCUCUUAGUAACACACAGCUAAUAUUUUGGCCUAAUUUAAAAGUUUUUGUACAGUUUGUAUUUAAUCCUGAAAUUCUUUUUGCUGCUGCAAAGAACAAGAGCAAAGCAUACAUGAAAAUAAAAGAGCUCAUGUUUUGGAUGAUUGAAAUGUCCUCUACAAAGACUGGAGUUUUUAAUAUACUGUUAAGUUAUUGCUGUCAAACUUGGAUGUUUCCUACUUAUGAUAAUGCAAGUGCUAUAGAAAAUGCUUUCUCAAAUGCUGGCAAUUACAGUGAACUUCUUGUAGAAGCCUGUUUGUUUGGAACUGUUUUCAGGCGUGAUCAAAGACUCAAUCAGGAGGUGUGUGCUUUUGUGGAAAAUCUUGGCAGUGAAUGUGCAGCAAAUGUUGUUAUAGAAAGUACAAACAGAGAUGACCAUUAUGUGAGAGUAUGUGCCAUCAAAUUCCUUUGCUUGCUGGAUGAAACAAAUACAUUGCACAAGAAAUUUAUAGAAGAUUUUUUCAUGAGCCUACUUGAUAAAGUAAGACCAUUUGUGGGUGAACUGAUGUCCAAAUCAAAAAUUCGCUAUUAUGUGAACUCCUUACAACACAGAAUUAAAAAUCGACUCUGGCAGACGGUGCUAGUCCUUUUACCAAAACUUCAUGAGAAUAUUUUGACAAGAACUGUUGAUAAGAUUCUUCAGGCUGGCUAUAGCAACAAUCAAGCAUCUGUAAAGUAUUUAAUAGAGUGGACCAUCAUCUGGAUUCUCCACAAAUGUCCUCAUUUUUUCCAAAAAUUUUGGGAUUGCUUUAGUUAUGAUGAAGACUGGCUUAAAACUAGCAUUUGUACAUUUUUAUCAGUGCUAUCACACUUGGAUACAAUUCUUCAGAAUAUUUCUGAGAAAAUACCAGUUUUGAAGAAGGCCCUGACUGUUGUUUUGCAGUGGUGUUUUCAUCACAAUUUUAGUGUUCGACUUUAUGCUUUAGUUGCUCUUAAGAAAAUCUGGGGAAUGUGCAAAGAGUUGCGUGUGGAUGAUUUUGAAACUUUAACUCCAGUCAUUGAAAGUAGUCUCCAUCAAGCAGAAACCAUGAAUGGAACAGGGAAUGCCAAAAAGAAUUGGCAGCGCAUCCAAAAACACUUCUUUUUUGAAAACUUUCAUCCACUUAAGGAUUACUGUCUUGAGACAAUAUUUUACACCCUACCACGUCUUUCAGAAAUUGCUGAAGAAGAAUGGAUAUCUCUCAAUAAGUUUACAGCAUUCACAGACAUUCCUUUGAGUGCAACAUUUCCAUGUGCCUGUUCUCAUACUGAGCUCCUUGAUCUAAAGCCCAAUGACUGGUCUCAACAAGAUAUAGGUUUGAAAUCAGCUGAGCAAGAUAAUCAAAGGCAAUGGUCAGAUGUUCAAAAAAAGAUUAUUCCUUGGAAGAACAGUACUCUUGAUUUGGAUCUAGAGCUUGUAUUUCAAGAUCGGGCUACUAAACUUUGUAAAUCAAACAGUAGACUGAUUGUAGUGUCUUCACUCAUUGAUAAACCCACCAAUUUGGGAGGCUUGUGUCGUACAUGUGAAAUAUUUGGGGUGUCAGCUCUAAUUGUUGGCAGUCUUCAUUACAUAAAUGACAAACAGUUUCAAUAUCUCAGUGUUUCUGCGGAACAGUGGCUUUCCCUACUUGAGGUAAAGCCAUUUCAACUUACUAAUUAUUUGGAUCAGAAGAAAACUGAAGGUUACACUAUUAUAGGUGUGGAACAAACAGCUAAAAGUUGUGAUCUAACAGAGUAUUGUUUUCCAGAGAAAUCCCUGCUGUUGUUAGGAAAUGAGCAUGAGGGAAUUCCUGCAGAUCUGAUUCAGCAGCUGGAUGUGUGUGUAGAAAUUCCGCAGCAAGGAGUUAUUCGGUCACUUAAUGUCCAUGUAAGUGGAGCUCUGCUGAUUUGGGAAUACACAAGGCAACAGAUCAUCAGGCAAAAAAUACAGAGAUAAACUUAAAGUACAUUAAAACUGCUACUUUGAUGGUACUGUAAAAUCGAAGGAACAAUUAUAGAUGCCAAAUUUUUUUGCAUGUGUGUCUUUUAAAAAUAUAUAUUAAAUGCCUUAAACCAUCAUUUUAUUAAAACUGUUCACUGAUAAUAAAUGCUUUUGGAAUACAUGAGAAGGUCUUGGUGCAG